AUGUCGCAAGUGAGCAAUACAAAAUAUAUAUCAGUUGUCAUCAACAAAUUGGAUCCACAGCAAAAGCGUCAGUUGGAGGACAGUUGUAUAGGACAUGUUGCAAGGUUACCGGAGCUGAAACUAUCUGCUCAAUUAAUUCAUGAAAUGGUAAACAGAUCGGUGGUAUGUCGAAAGCGGUUUGAGGCUUGGUUCAAGGUGAACCAAAGGUUUGCACGAUUUGGACUACCGGAGUUCGCACUAAUUACUGGCUUGAAGUGCAGUCCAGUGCCUAAAGGUGCCGAAGUUGACAAAAUCCUAGAGAAAACUCAUCUACAAGAUAAAAUGUUUGCUAAUAUGGACCAGAUAACGUGUAGCGACCUGGAGAAAGCUUUUUUGAAAUGUGCCAACCGUAACGAUCGUUACAAGCUUGGGUUGGCACUAAUUAUUGAAGGGGUAUUUAAUUCAAGAGAUCGAAAUGUAGGAAUAAAUUCGACAACUCUUUCCAUCGUUGACGACUUGGAUUUUUUCAAUGCCUACCCAUGGGGGACAGUAUGUUUUCAACUUCUCAUCAAAUCACUACUACGUGGAUGGGGAAGAAAGGCGGACAUGGUAAAAGUGAAUGAUUGUGAUAGGAUGACUUACACAUUGUACGGAUUCCCUCUUGCUGUCCAGAUUUGGACGUACGAGGCAAUUCCGGAGUUGGGAGCUCGAUUCUCGAGUAAGACUUGUGACGAUGUCCCGAGGAUGUUGCGGUGGUCUGGCAUGAAACAACCUCAUUCCCGAACAUAUUCAGAUUUUUUUGAGAAGACAAAUGUAGGCGAUUUACAUACUUAAUU